GGCGCAUCGUAUAAUGUGUGUUAAUGAGGAGUAAAGUUAGUGAACGGUAGUGUAGAGUUAGUAUGGAAAUAGGAGAUUUGUUAAUGUAAAUUUGCAACAUUUUAAAGUUUAAAGAUUAUAUUCAGUUCUGCUUCGUGUAAGAUAUACUUCAUUUGUUUGUGACUUUUCUAAAUUCGAAGGUCCAGAGAAAUGAUAAAUGAUCUCAAAAUUGCUGUUGUUUGCUCAAGUAAUCAAAAUCGAAGCAUGGAAGCUCAUGCCUUUUUGAGUAAGAAAGGUUUUAAAGUCAGAUCAUUUGGGUCUGGAAACCAAGUAAAACUACCUGGACCAUCUCCAGAUAAACCUAAUGUGUACGACUUUGGUAUUUCUUAUGAACAAAUGUACCAAGAUUUGUUAUCCAAAGAUAAGAGUUUAUAUACACAGAAUGGAAUACUACACAUGCUAGACAGAAAUAGGAGGAUUAAAUCACAUCCUGAAAGAUUUCAGUCUUGCAUGGACAACUUUGAUGUUAUAUUUACAGCUGAAGAAAGGGUUUACGAUCAAGUAGUUGAAGAACUAUCCAAAAGGACACCGAUAGAAAACAGCCCUGUGCAUAUCAUUAACAUUGACAUUCAAGAUAAUCAUGAGGAAGCCACAAUUGGAGCUUUUCUUAUAUGUGAGAUUUCACAAAUGAUGGCUGAUUCUGAAGACUUGGAUAAUGAUAUUGAUGAGCUACUUCAAAUGUUUGAGACAAAAGCUCAGAAACCAGUUCUUCACACAAUUCAAUUUUAUUGACGAUUACUUCUUCUAGGGCUAAAAGAUAAUGUUUUUUGAGCAUUGUUGUAAUUGUCCAGAAAUUAUUUAUAAAUAAUAAAACCAGAACUUCCUAAUUUUUUACUUCAUACUUAAAACAUUCAUGUUCUUCCUGUAAAAAGCUGGAAGCUGGAGAAUGUUGAAUUAAAGGUCCAAAUUAAAGUAAUUAUAAUUAUU